AUGCUUCACAGUUACCCCUUGCCUUUUCUGCCUUGUUGUCAUUCUGGGAUCUAUGAUAUGGUAUAUUCUAUCAAUAAGGCUGUGAAGCCCGUCCAUCAUAAUGCCGUCGGUCUUUCUCUGUCACGAGCAGUUGAAGCCGUGAGAAUGGAUAGGUACACAAUUAUUAAGGAAGUUGGUAAUGGUACAUUUGGAAGUGUCUGGCGAGCUCUGAAUAAGCAGACUGCUGAAGUGGUUGCAAUAAAAAAGAUGAAGAAGAAAUAUUAUUCAUGGGAAGAAUGCAUAAAUUUAAGAGAAGUCAAGUCACUGCGGAAAAUGAGCCAUCCGAAUAUAGUUAAGCUCAAGGAAGUUAUUAGAGAAAAUGAUGUCUUGUACUUUGUCUUUGAGUACAUGGAAUGCAAUCUUUACCAGCUUAUGAAGGAUAGGAGAAAAGUUUUUUCAGAAGCAGAAGUAAGAACAUGGUGCUUCCAAGUAUUUCAAGGUCUAGCAUACAUGCAUCAACGUGGAUACUUCCAUCGUGACCUCAAGCCAGAGAAUUUGCUAGUCUCGAAGGAUAUCAUAAAAGUUGCUGAUUUUGGUCUUGCACGGGAGAUUGACUCACAACCUCCAUUCACGGAGUAUGUCUCAACACGCUGGUACCGGGCCCCUGAAGUUCUACUUCAGUCACCAACAUAUGGUCCUGCAGUUGACAUGUGGGCUAUGGGCGCAAUAAUUGCUGAAUUGUUUACCCUCCGUCCUCUAUUUCCGGGCUCAAGUGAAGCAGAUGAAAUUUAUAAGAUAUGCUGUGUAAUAGGCAGCCCAACCAAGAAUAGAUGGCCUGAGGGACUUGGACUUGCUAGUGCCAUCAAUUACCAGUUUCCAGAAGUUGCUGGUGUCGAUCUUUCUCUGUUAAUACCAGGUGUCAGUGCAGAUGCAAUCAACCUUAUUACAUCACUUUGUUCAUGGGAUCCAUGCAAGAGGCCAACAGCCUUGGAGGCCCUUCAACAUUCUUUCUUCCAGAGUUGCUUUUAUGUUCCACCAUCACUUCGCCCUAAAGCUGCUGUUGCAAGCACACCUCCUGCUGGAGCAAGAGGAGCUUUGGAACAUAAAUAUAGGAGAUAUCCUGGGAGUUCAUUGAACCCAAAGCCAGUGAACAAUUUUUCUUCUGCCAAACCACAUGCAACUUUGAAUGCAGGUGUUCAAAGGAAGUUGGACAUGAAUAAUCAGGAUGUAAUUAAGAAUGACAAGAACUAUAAUUCUGUGAACCGACAGCAAAAGUAUCGGCCACCUGCAUUGAAUGGACCAUCUACUUACUUGGGAAAGUCGCGUGGAGUUUAUGAUGCAACUGAGAAGUUUACAAAUAUGACACUUGGCUCCGGCAGGCCACUUGCAAAGCCAUCAGUGCCUCCACCCAUGAAGGCUGGAGGACUGCAUGGCCAAUCUGAUUUAUUCCCUAGAAGAUCACAAGAAAUUCUUCCUGGAAGAGUUUAUACCAGAAAAGUGGCGGGAUGA